AUGAGUGGUUUUCGCAAUACUAUGAAGGGUGGCUGGCACCCUGAAGGCAAAGAUGGUAGCAAGGAGAGCUGGCGCGGUGAUUUCAAAGGAAUCAAUACAGUAGCCGGAUGGAUGGGAAAGGGUAAGGAGACCGGUUCUGGCUCUGGCUCUGGACAGUCUUCCUCGUCACAGGGGGGCAUCAGAGGCCAAGUAGCUGGCUGGAUGGGCAAAGGCGACAAUUCCGAACCCGAUCGCGCUAAUCACGUCUCCCAACCAUUGUCAUCUCUCAAAGACCCAUCGGCGUUUGGGCCCCCUCCCAAACACAUCAAUUACCAUGGAGCGGCAGCAGUGCCAAAUCAAACAACACCCGACCGCCGCGGUCUAGGGGCUCCAUUGAGCAAGGAACAAAUCGGUGCUCAGGAGAGACUUCAACAGGAAGAAGUUGAAGCAGAAGAGGAAGAGGCACGUAAGCCCCCUCCGCCUCCCGUCCCAUACCGCGUGGACACAACCGGCCUGUCUACAAACAAUCUCCCUCCACCACCGCGGCGAUUGGACUCCGCAAGUCCCGCCUCAACGAGCUCGAUCUCAAAGCCUAAGCCACCAAAGCCUCCGCCACGUCUUCCCGCCCGCAACGGGUCUCCCAGCUCCGAUCCGCCUCCAGCCUAUUCCCCUACACCGGUACUCUCCCACGAUUACAUCAACCAAGAUGCUACAUCUCGCCUGGCGAACGCGGGCGUCUCGGUCCCUGCCUUUGGGAUCGGACAGGAGAAGGCUCAGUCACCUGCCCAUACGCCUAUCAAUGAGCUGCAGUCUCGCUUCUCCCAAAUGAAUACCUCGGGUUCUCCAUCGGCACCACCCCCACCUACUCGGUCCUCGACGAACAUUGAGCCGCAAUCAGCGAGCGGCACAUCUUCUAUCCAGAACUUCCGCGAGCGCCAUGCCGACAAAAUUGAUUCGGGGAAACAGAAGUACGGUGACUUCCGCGAACGCCAUGCCGAUUCGAUCGAUUCCGGCAAACAGAAGUUGAGUGAUGUUACAUCGCGGUUCACGGGUUCUGCUCCAGCGCCUAGCCCUCCGGCCCGGCCCGCAUCGAAUCAUUCUAGUAUGAACUUAGAACCGGCGGAGCCCGCGCGGGGCACAUCCUCGGUGCAAAAUUUCCGUGAGCGCCAUGCUGACAAGAUCGAAAUGGGCAAAGAAAAGUGGGGUGGUGUCACAUCGCGCUUCAACACGUUUGUCGAGGACCGCAAGUUCUCUGCCAAUGCCAAUAAACGCAUUCCACGGCCACCUGCUCGUCCCAUCUCUAUGGCCCCAUCGACCUCUCCCGCGGUCUCACCUCCCGUCCAAUCGAACUCUUCGGUGGUAUCACUUACCGAGCCGGAUCUCCAGAGUCAAGUUCAACGCAAGAAGGCCCCUCCCCCCGCCUCCGCCCAAGCGGGCUGA